GCUAGCUCGUGGGCCCGAACGCCCAUCAAAUCUCGCCCAUGACGCGCAUACAUCUGGAAGAUACUCUUGCGACAAUUCAAACCUCUUGAUGAAGACGACUGGACCAAUGCUGAGAUUUGCGACGACAAAACUUACCUCUCAAUGGUCUUGUCAUACUUCACGUCUCUGCUAGGUACGUGCCAUCUUAUUUACGGCAGUGUGUUAUUUUCCAGUCUCGUUUUCCAUCUAUGCGACAGACAGUCUAAAGAUUAUGACUCGCUAUAUGGCAUCAGCGAUGGUUACUUAGCAGGUUCAUCUUACUGUGAGAGCUCUUCUGGUUGCGAGAUAUCCUGGGUAAAACUAAAGAGCUGUUCUCGCCAACUGGAUCGAUGGAAUUGACCAGUUUCAUCAAGGUUGUCGAGCGAAGUAGCAAGAUCUAGCAUCAAGGAACGACCACAGGUUUGAGAUGAAUAAAAGGGUUUUCUGAGUUGAGCAGGCUGCUUAGUCCUGUUAAUGCUAUUAAGAACGAUACUGGUCCUUGAAAGCCCUUGAUGCCGUAACAAGACAUCACCGAUGAAAACAAAGCUACG